AUGGUCGACCAGCCCAAUUCUCGCGCAGAAGUAGCAGGACAGGCUGUAUCUGUUCGAUCAGAACUCAAAAUAUGGGAAAGAGAAUUUGCAGUCACUCACGAAGGAAAAAAGGCCGGUCGGGACGAUAUCAAGAACAACCCAGAAAUCGCUGCCAAAUACAAAGAAUAUGGCCGACUUAAAAACCUCGAAGCCGCUUUGAUUCGUCGCGAAAAUCGCCAACAACAAGAAGUCGAUUCUCAAGCCAAGAAACGAAAACAUACCUCUCCUACCGGUCCAUCGCAUUCAUUCCAUGAUACUACACCCCGGAAAUCAGCUAGAGGAAUAUUUGCGACUCCAACCAACAACCGUACAGCGAAAAUUCAUCCCUCGCAACUAGAUCCCUACGACUCCCCCUCUACAUUUCGCCGAUUAUUCAGUCCCAGCACUCAUAAACAAGGCUUACCAGCACCCUCGCCCCUCAAAGCUGCAAUUGGACCUACACCCCAGCGCGAUGGAAAGGCACUUGGACUAUUUGACAUGCUCUCCGAAUCUGGUGGAAGCAACGCAACACCAUCAGCGAAAAGGCAAAAGGAUGCACUAGGAGCAGGAUUCCGAACACCCUCUAAACCGAAGCGCUUUGAGCCCAUCGCAGAGGAUCCGGAGGAAGAGGUCGAAGAACCAUCAUCACGACUUUCACGAACACCAGCAUCCUCAACGAAGCAGUUUUAUCUUGCAAAUCUCUUUGCAACACCUACUACGAUGCGCUAUGCAGCUAUGGUAGAGGGCGAAGACCAACAUGUCACAAAUGGAAACGCCCAGGAACCAGAAGGGCCAGUAUCUAGACAUUCAAACCCGUCAGAAACGCCGUCAUUUCUCCGUCGCUCGAAUAUAGGUCGUUUCCCUCCGCCUGUUGCAAAUGAGAAUGGGGGUCUCAGUCCUAUUGCAUCACGGAAACCGACUCAAUUCGCUAGUCGGGGCUUGUCUUCUUUGGUGCAGGGUCUUCGGGCUAUGGAAGAGGAACGACUAGAAGAUGAUUGGGAUGUGCUUCGUGAAAUUGAAGAGGAGCAGGAUAUGCUCAAUUUUGAAGCUAUGGAGAGUCAGGCAAUUGAGACAGAGUACCAGCGUCCAUAUAAAAAGAAGGGCCAGAAACGAACUACGAGAAAAGUCAAUAUGCGACCGGUUAUUUCUAAACCGAAGUCUAAAACUCAAACUCAAACUACUCCUGAUGUCUCUGACGAGGAGAGUGGUGAUGAGGUGACUGCAGUUCUGGAAACACAGAUCCAGCAAGCACCGAACGACAAUGCUGCGGAUGAUGACCAUGAAAAUGAUAUAGCAUCUCUUCAUUCUAUAUCCGAAGCAGGCUCGGAUUUCGAGGGAGAUACCGACGCCGAUUCCGACGGUGAUCCCGAGUAUGGCGAGAGCGUCAAACCGCCACCUCGACCAAAGAGUUUCUCAGAGCGAAUUAAAGAGGCUGUUGCGAUGGUUAAACCAGCUGCUAAGGAACAGCCAGCUGAUAUCACACAAAAUCAGCAAGCUGGGAAGAAGCCGGAGACUGAGAAGGAAGAGAAGCAACGCCCUGCUCGGAAACUCAACCCUCAGACUCAUGCGAACUAUCGAUCUCUGAAGAUCGGGAACAGAGGUGGUGGACGUGGUCGAGGACGGUUCCGCAAGCGAUGA